CGCAGGACUGUCGCCCCAUCACGGAGGUAUUCACCUUGAAAGUUACCGUUAAAUUUCUGGUCGACCACUUGACUCCAACAGAGGGCAGAUCCUUCCACUCCUGCAGAGACUGGCUGAAGUCCACACUGCUCAUUGGUAUCUUCACAGCUCCAAUCGCGUCAUGUUUUGAGAAACGGUCAAAGUCAUACACAGUCAUCACCAAUGUCUUCCCACCCAGCUCAGUGAUAUGCAACCCGCUGUCUCUGCCAAACCUGCUGACGUGGAGGGGAGAGGGAAGGAGGAGAGGAAGGGGAGUAGAAUUGAAGCGUCACGCGUGGACCUCUGCUGUUCCACAGAAAGCUGCCAGAGAAAAGACAAGCUACCACUGACACAGCUUUAGAAACAAACAGAAGAAUUCAAGGUAAUUUCAAAGAGGGGCGGAGGAGGAGGAGAAAAGAUGACAGGACCAGAGAGGACAGGCUGAGAAAAAUAGUGAGGUCUCAUGGGAGUGCCGGUCCUUAUUUUUGACACCCCACCUCUUGUGACCUCUGUCCCAUCCCUACAGGUCACCCUCACCAGGCCACUGAUGAAUAUUCAUUAGUGUAGUGACAUGGCUUUUUAAAGGCUAGUUAGCAUACUGAGAGUUCAGCAAUAGAGGACAUUUACAUUCAGAGUGGACAGCUCUGUGUGUGUGUGUGUGUGUGUGUGUGUUGGUGUGCGUGCAUCUGUACAUCUGGCAGUAGCUGCAGAACUGUCUCAUAUUGUCUAUCUAUAGAUGAUGUUGCCUGAUUUAGAAACUUGUGGAUGUGGUUUCUGCAGCGACACAGAGAUCAAGUUCCAGCCCCGCCCAGUUCACCUUGAGGUACCAGAGAUGAACAGAGAUACUGUACAGAAGGAGGAAUGAGACAGAUGGAAAAGGGGGGGGGGAUGGGCAGGGUGGCAAUAGUCAUGUAUGAUCUAAAUUAUGCAUCAAGUGCAGAAGAAGCCUCGUCUCUAGGAUACAGAGGGAAGCGUUCCUGUUGGACUGACGCUGAAAGUGCAGUGAGACAGGAGGCAAGGGUAUGAGGAUGCCACCAGUUGAGCAUCUUCACCUGGAACAUGUCCUGCAGACUGUGUGUGCACUGGAGGCAGUCGUCCUCCGCUGUUUUGGCCCUGAAGGAGGACAGGUGCUGUUCACCCGAGACACGGGACAGGUGAUGUUGAGUUGCAGUGGGACGCGCAUUCUCACGGCACUAAAACUGGAGCAGCCACUGGCCAGGAUGGUGGUGGAGUGUGUCUGGAAACACAGCACAAAAACAGGGGAUGGAUCCAAGACCUUUAUCAUUCUGCUGGCAUCAUUACUACGGAUGAUUCAUACAAUAGCCUGCAAGGAGCCUAAUGUGUCUCACACCUAUAACUCCAGGGAAGCGGCAGAGGCUGCCACUGCCAGGCGCUUGGCUCGCGAACUCCUUGCAUUUGCAUCGGAGGAGCUGGAUGAUCUCAUCGCUGUUGGAGUGGCCCCUCAUGGAUGCUGUCUUCCGUGGGAGGAUUUCACAGCAAAAAUACAAUCACCAGCUCACACAAACACUUCCUAUCUUAAAAAGCUGGUGGCGUCUUUCUUUCUUACUCGUCUGGGUCACAUCCACUGUGACUUCAUUGCUGACCUCAUCUGUGAACUGCUCACUGAUUGGAAGUUUAAAAAUGAUCCACCUUCCUCAUCACUUCAGUUUAUAAAUGACAACUUCCUUGCAUUGCAUACACCUGUAUCAGGCUUUCCUGUCAGUUGUUCACGUUUGCUUGAGGGGCAAGUCAUCCACAGGGACUUUACUACGCCCUGCCCUCAGACUGACCACCAGCCAGUUAAAGCUGUAGUUUUUACUGGGUACCUGCAGCCACAAUUGCUCAAUGCAGGAGACGUGUUGGAACUGAUGGAGGAGAACACAAGGAAGGAGAGAAGUAUUGUGCAGUUUAGCGCCUGGGCAGAAAGGUCACUAGAGUGUGUUAUUGCAAAGCUGCAGAAUUUGGGUGUCUCUGUGCUCCUGUCUGCGGUGAAACAGUCGGACGCUGUCCUGGCUUUAGCCACACAGGCAGAGAUGUGUGUUGUGGAGUGUGUCAGUGAGGAUGAACUUUCUCUCUUUGCCCACCUUAGCGGGGCCACACCUAUCUCAGACUGCUGGAUGAUUCAACCAGAGCAUGUUGCUACUCUGACCUUUUGUCGACCAAUACUGCUGGGAGCACAUAGAUAUGUUCAUAUGGGUUUCCAUGAUUCAGAGGAAAGUGUCGUGGUUAGACCCUGUAGUAUUGUCAUUUGUGGCCCAGGGGAAGGCCAAACAGACCAGUAUGCACGUGCAUUUCAGGAUGCCAUCCGCAUGCUACUUACAACUUGGGAGCCCAUGCAUAUGACUGCAACUACAGCAUCAAAGAGAACAUUGUUGUCACACAAAAUCACAUCUGUACAUAUGGACAAUCAGAAUGACAGAACCAGGUCCGCAUCCUCCAAUGCACCUCCCUUUCAGAAGUGUGUGUUGGAGCCAGGCUGUGUCAUACAUGCUGGUGGGACAUUUGAGUUUCUCUUACACCAAGCCCUCCUUCAACAUGGUCACAAUCGCUCGGUUUCUGAUCACACAGAUGUAGGUGUCCUUGCUGUUUCCCAGCUCAUGGCAAAUGCUCUAUUGAGCGUGCCCCGACAGAUUUACUCCCACAGUCCGAGACGUUUCCUGCAGACUCAAACCAAGGUCUUGUGUUCUAUUCAAAAUCAUUCCCACCCUUUCAGCGUCAUUUACAAACAAGAGCAUAACACAAGCCCCACACAGGGUUCUAGUGAAAGUGAAUGUCCUCUAGAGGCCGGUAAACUAAGUAUGUAUUGUUAUAGGAAGGCUGACGUGAAAUCAAAAGUUUUUAUGUUGGACUCAGGCCUUGAAUCUGUCUCCUGUAAAUACCAGCUGGUUCUGGCCGUGCUGCAGUGUGUCACAAAUCUUCUCCGAGUGGACACUAUGCUGCGUACACAAACUCACUCAUACACAAAGUCAGGCAGACUGGCAAGAAACAUUUCCUGGGAGGACACAGAGGACGAAGCUGAGGAUUGAGAUUGUUGUGGCCCACGAUGAAAGCCAUAUAUGCGUUUUCUCUCAACACUUACUCAGGUAUUAUUCAAAAGUUUGAGAAAAUGCUUUAAUGCACUUUAAGGCAGAUUGCUACAGCAAUGUUUAUAUGGCCACAAUAUUUUUUACCUCACUGCAAUGUAUUUAUAAUGAGUUUAUUUAUAAUGCAAAUCUUCUACAGAGAUAGUAAAUCACAUUUCAGGGUUGUACUGUUGUGUGGUUCAGUUUAUAUGUUAGUAGAAUUUUAAGGCGGCUCUGUACCAUAGUGUCCUGAGUCAAGGCCAGGUUAGGCAAUAAUAAAAAAAAAAAAGAAAACACCAAAUGACUUAUUGUUAUUUUCUGUAUUGUACAGAAUGUUCAGUUAUCAUCAAAUAAUUUGGAAUGUUUUCUACUGGGUGUUAAUGUGUUAAGUUGUGUGAGUGUUUAUGUUGGCCUGUCUCUUAAGUUCUCAUCAUAGUUCCUUUUUUUCACAACAUUUCUCUUCCUUAUCUCAUUUUUCCUGCCCUCUUCCCUUGGCUAGUGCACAUUCUGUUACAUAAAAGGUUUAAACAGACAACCACAUAGUUUCACAAAUAUACACACUCAUUUUUUUUUUAAUAAUCAGUGUUAUUUCCACAGUAGGGGUGUAGAGUCUGAGAGGGCAACACCCAACUGUCAACAACCAAAUCAGAAUGUACUUCCUUGUGCUGUAAUCAGAGGAACACUAACUCCAUUUUAACUUCUUAUUUUGGAGAAAUAGAGUCCCUAGAUAGUAACUGGACUCACUAUCGUAUAUCAAUGUGUACUGUUUAAUGUCAUCACUGUGUGCGUCAAGUUUCUAAUGAAAUUCUCCAUAAACGAAUUGUGAUAGGAUGACUCAUGUAAACAAAGACAGUUCUUGGCUGUGUUUAUCGCUAGAUCAAACAAUACAUGAGUCACAUUUGACGGUAAAUAUCAAAGACGGGAAGGUGGAAUGUGUUUUUUCCCCCACUGCACACAUGUUAAAAGAACCUGAAUGUUUUUUUCACUCUUAUCAAAGCACGCACACCCAUCUAACCCCUUCUUGCCCCCGAUAUCCUUCACAGCUAAAUCAAACACACCAUUGUUUCUUUGGGCCCACACAAGCAGAGUUAAUUUAAUGUGGAAGAUUUCACUAUCGAGUUAAU